CCCAUAGCCAGGACACAAUAGAGGUCAGUGCUGGAGAGGGGGGAUCCUCCUCCCCUGAUGAGGACAGAGGUCCCGUCAGCCUUGAUUCUCAAAGUGUGGUCUGGGAAACCAAAAUGUAGACAGAAAGAAAAGAGAAAGUAAGGACAAAGGGGCAGGAAGGAAGAAACAGAGCCUCCUGGGCAAACCCCGCCCCAGCACACAUCAUCAGACAAAGCUCCCGGCCCCAGGGAGGAGGCUCAGCAGAGAGGGUAGAAAACAGCAGAGCUGACAGUCACAGCAGCCCUGCCCGAAGCGUUCCUGGAGCCCAAGCUCUCCUCCACAGGUGAAGACAGGGCCAGUAGCAGACACCAUGGGGCACCUCUCAACCCCACUUCACAGAGUGCGUGUCCCCUGGCAGGGGCUUCUGCUCACAGCCUCACUUCUAACCUUCUGGAACCCGCCCACUACUGCCCAGCUCACUAUUGAAUCCAGGCCGUUCAAUGUCGCAGAGGGGAAGGAGGUUCUUCUACUUGCCCACAAUCUGCCCCAGAAUACUUUAGGCUACAACUGGCACAAAGGGGAAAGAGUGGAUGCCAAACGUCUAAUUGUAGCAUAUGUAAUAGGAACUCAACAAACUACCCCAGGGCCCGCACACAGCGGUCGAGAGAGAAUAUACUCCAAUGCAUCCCUGCUGAUCCAGAACGUCACCCAGAAUGACACAGGAUCCUACACCCUACAAGUCAUAAAGCAAGAUCUUGUGAAUGAAGAAGCAACUGGCCAGUUCCGGGUAUAUCCGGAGCUGCCCAAGCCCAACAUCACCAUCAACAACUCCAACCCCGUGGAGGACAAGGAUGCUGUGACCUUCACCUGUGAAUCUGAGGCUCAGGACACAACCUACCUGUGGUGGGUAAAUGGUCAGAGCCUCCCGGUCAGUUCCAGGCUGCAGCUCUCCAAUGGCAAUAAGACCCUCACUCUACUCAGUGUCUUAAGGAAUGACACAGGACCCUAUGAGUGUGAAAUACAGAACCCAGUGAGUGCCAACCGCAGUGACCCAGUCACCUUGAAUGUCACCUAUGGCCCAGACGCCCCCACCAUUUCCCCUUCAGACACCUAUUACCAUCCAGGGGCAAACCUCAGCCUCUCCUGCUCUGCGGCCUCUAACCCACCUGCACAAUAUUCCUGGCUUAUUAAUGGAACAUUCCAGCAAAGCACACAAGAGCUGUUUAUCCCCAACAUCACUGUGAAUAAUAGUGGAUCCUAUACCUGCCACGCCAAUAACUCAGUCACUGGCCACAACAGGACCACAGUCAAGAUGAUCAUAGUCUCUGAACUAAGUCCAGUAGUAGCACAGCCCCAAAUCAAAGCCAGCAAGACCACAGUCACAGAAGAUAAGGACUCUGUGAACCUGACCUGCUCCACAAAUGACACUGGAAUCUCCAUCAGUUGGUUCUUCGAGGACCAAAGUCUCCCGUCCUCAGAGAGGAUGAAGCUGUCCCAGGACAAUGCCACCCUCAGCAUAAACCCUGUCAAGAGAGAGGAUGCUGGGAAGUAUUCGUGUGAGGUCUUCAACCUAAUCAGUAAGAACCGAAGUGACCCCAUCGUGCUCAUCGUAAACUAUAAUGAUCCAGCACAAGAAAAUAGCCUCACAGCUGGGGCCAUUGCUGGCAUUGUGAUUGGAGUACUGGCCCUGGUUGUUCUGAUAGCAGCCCUGGCAUGUUUUCUGCAUUUUAGGAAGACUGGCAGGGCAACCGACCAGCGUGAUCUCACAGAGCACAAACCCUCAGUCUCCAACCACACUCAGGACCAUUCCAACGACCCACCUAACAAGAUGAAUGAAGUUACUUAUUCUACCCUGAACUUUGAAGCCCAGCAACCCACAAAACCAACUUCAGCCUCCUCAUCCCCAACAGCCACAGAAAUAAUUUAUUCAGAAGUAAAAAAGAAGUAACGAAACCUGUCCUGCUCACCGCAGUGCUGAUGUCUUUCAAGUCUCUCACCCUCAUCACUAGGAGAUUCCUUUCCCCUGUAGCGGUAGAGGGAUGGAGACAGAAAGAAUUUUCUGCUACUCUUUCUUCCUAAUAGGCACCUCCAGACUGCCUGGUCACAGCCCCUCCCUCAGUGUCAAUAGAUGAAAAGGUACAUUGGGAGUCUGUAGGAAACCCAGCUUUCUUGUCAUUGAAAUUUGGCAAAGCUGACUUUGGUAAAGAGUGGCCAAAACUUCCCCUCCCUUUCCCUUUUCCCCACCUGGACUUGUUUUAAACUUGCCUAUUCAGAGCACUCAUUCCUUCCCACCUCAGUCCGGUCCUAUCACUCUAAUUCGGAUCUGCCACAGCCUUGAGGUUAUGUCCCUUUCCAUUAAGUACAUGUGCCAGAAAACAAGAGAGCGAGAAAGGCAGUAAUGCCUUCUAUUUCUCCAAAGCCUUGUGUGAACUCACCAAACACAAGAAAAUCAAAUAUAUAACCAAUAGUGAAAUUCCACACCCUUGUCCACUGUCAGGUUGUCUACCUGUAGGAUCAGGAUCUAAGCACCUUGGUGCUUAGCUAGAAUACCACCUAGUCCUUCUGGCAAGCCUGUCUUCAGAGAAUCCACUAGAAGCAACUAGGAAAAUCACUUGCCAAAAUCCAAGGCAAUUUCUGAUGGAAAAUGCAAAAGCACAGAUAUGUUUUAAUAUCUUUAUGGGCUCUAUUCAAAGCAGUGCUGAGAGGGAGGGGGUUAUAGCUUUAGGAGGGAACCAGCUUCUGAUAAACAAUCUGCUAGGAACUUGGGAAAGGAAUCAGAGAGCUGCCCUUCAGCGAUUAUUUAAAUUAUUGUUAAAGAAUACACAAUUUGGGGUAUUGGGAUUCUUCUCCUUUUCUCUGAGACAUUCUACCAUUUUAAUUUUUGUAACUGCUUAUUUAUGUGAAAAGGGUUAUUUUUACUUAGCUUAACUAUGUAAGCCAAUCCGAUUGCCUUAGGUGAAAGAAACCACCAAAAUCCCUCAGGUCCCUUGGUCAGAAGCCUCUCAAGGUUUUUUUGUCAGAGGCUCCAAAUAGAAAAUAAGAAAAGGUUUUCUUCACUCAUGGCUAGAGCUAGAUUUCACUCAGUUUCUAGGCACCUCAGACCAAUCAUCAACUACCAUUCUGUUCCAAGUUUGCACCUGUGCAUUUUCUGUCUGCCCCCACUCACUUUCUCAGGAAACCUUGGCCUCUGCUAAGGUGUAUUUUGUCCUUGAGAAGUGGGAACACCCUACAGGGACACUAUCACUUGUGCUGCUGGCAUUGUUUACAACUAGAAAGCUGCACUGGUGCUGAUGCCCCUUGAGGAAACAGGGCUGUGAGGAGGAGGAUUGUAACUUAGGCCUAGCCUUUUUUAACAGCCUCUGAAAUUUAUCUUUUCUCCUAUGGGGUCUAUAAAUGUAUCUUAUAAUAAAAAGGAAGGACAGGAGGAAGACAGGCAAAAGUACUUCUCACCCAGUCUUCCACACCGAUGGAAUCUCUUUGGGGCUAAGAGAAAGGUUUUAUUCUAUAUUGCCUACCUGAUCUCAUGUUAGGCCUAAGAGGCUUUUUCCAAGAGGAUUAGCUUGGAGUUCUCUAUACUCAGGUACCUCUUUCAGGGUUUUCUAACCCUGAUAUGGACUGUGCAUACUUUCCCUCAUCCAUGCUAUGCUGUAUUAUUUAAUUUUUCCUGGCUAAGACCAUGUCUGAAUUAUAUAUGAAAAUUGUUAUAUGUUUUUAUAAUAAAAAUAAUAUAUCAGACAUC